CCCCCUCGACUCUGUCUAUUACCACCGGGAGCUGCUCUGCCACUCCCUGGACAAGCUGCGAGUGGACCUGCUCACUGUCACCUCGUGCCACGGCAUGCUGGAGAAGCGGGAGCCCCGGCUGGACACACUAUUCCCAGACAACACAACCAACAGGCCACACGUGUUCCUUGGGGCAAAAGUGUUCUUCCUGAGCAGCAGAGUCCACCCAGGAGAAACACCCUCCAGCUUCGUCUUCAAUGGCUUCCUGGACUUCAUCCUGCGGGAGGAGGACCCCCGCGCCCAGAUGCUGCGGCGGAUGUUCGUCUUUAAGCUCAUUCCCAUGCUGAACCCCGACGGGGUGGUGCGAGGCCACUAUCGGACCGACUCCCGUGGGGUAAACCUGAACCGCCAGUAUCUCAACCCCGACGCCGAGCUGCACCCCGCGGUGUACGGGGCCAAAGCCGUCCUCCUCUACCACCAUGUUCACAGCCGCAUCCUGCCAGGCUCUCCUGACUGGAGGACGUACGUCUCCCCGCUCGGCACCAGCUCGCUAAGCACAAAACCUUCCAACCAUUCCGUCCGCAGCAGCGCCCCGUCCCCGGAGACAGCCCUGUCGGAGCUAGAGAAAGCCAAUAACCUCCGCAACUCACCCGGCACCUGGCGUGCCGGCACCUACUUCGGCCACUCUCAGGAAUCCCGGCUCGCAGGAGCGCCUGCCGCUGAGCUGGGCGGCAAGGACCACGCUGUCUGGAUCCUCCCUUCAGGCCGCACCGCGGAGCACCGUGAGGAGGAAGCCAGGAGGCCUUCGCCAGCACCUCUCCCUGAAACCAUCCUGCCCCAGGACAGCGGGCUGGCCUACUACGUUGAUCUCCACGGGCACGCUUCCAAGCGUGGGUGCUUCAUGUACGGCAAUAGCUUCAGCGACGAAAACGAUCAGGUGGAGAACAUGCUGUUCCCCAAACUCAUCUCCCUGAACUCGCCCCACUUUGACUUCACGGGCUGCAACUUCUCGGAGAAGAACAUGUACGCCAAAGACAAGCGGGACGGGCAGUCGAAGGAGGGCAGCGGGCGGGUGGCCAUCUACAAAGCCUUGGGGAUCAUCCACAGCUACACGCUGGAGUGCAACUACAACACGGG